UUAUGCAUCAUAAUAUAUUUUAUGCAAUAUUAGAAAUUUUUAAUAAUUUUCACAAUGAUAGAAUUUUUGCAAAUUAUAGACGGUUCUCCAUCUGCUAAGCUUCAAAAGCUACUGAACGCAGAAGUGUUGCUUCUUGUCGCCUCUUGACUCUUGUACAGGACCAGUGACGGGGAUUUUCCUUUUGACUUCAAUGAACCCUUCUGCAUGGUCCAUCCUUUUCCCUGAUUUGAGGAGACAGGAAACGAUGACAUAUGGGCUUUCUUCUUGUUUUUUGUUUUAAAAAAUGGGUAAUCAAUUCCUUACACAACGCAUAAGGAAAUGAAAUCUUCUAUUUCGGAUGAUCACCAAGCUCCCAUGGCGCUUGAUAAUUUAUCAAUUCUCACGCUCCCACCAGUUUCUUCCUCUUCGUUCCUUCUCCAAUCAACAAAACCCUGCGUCUGCUCAACAAUCUUCUUACAUGAGACUCACUCAGAGCUUCUACAGAGCAAUAAAAGAACGUGGAUCGAUACCCAUAGCUCAAAAACUUCAUGGGCAACUUAUCUCUUCAGGAUUAGAUUUUUCCGUUUUCCUUCAGAACCAUCUUUUGAACAUGUACUUCAAUUGUGGUUUAAUAAAUGAUGCUUUCCGGGUUUUUGCUGAGAUGGGGUUUCGCAAUGUUGUUACCUACAACACGAUGAUUAGUGGGUUGGGUAGCAUGGGUCGAAUAAGGGAUGCGAAGGAGUUGUUUGAUGAAAUGCCAGACAAAGACUCUAUUUCGUGGAACUCUAUGAUGUCGGGCUAUUUCCGAAAUGGGAAGCCCGAGGAAGCUCUAGGGGUGUUUAUCUCGCUGAUUCGAGAUUUUACUAGUUUCACCAAUCUGCUGUCAUUUUCUUGUGCCAUGAAGGCUUGUGGUGCUCUUGGUUAUAUCAAAUUGGCUUUUCAGUUACAUGGGCUUGUGGAGAAAAUUAAUUUUGGAAAUGAUACAUCGAUCGAAACUUCUAUUAUGGAUAUGUAUAUUAAGUGUGAUGCGGCAAGCUAUGCAGAGCUAGUGUUUUUGAGGAUCCCAAAUCCAAAUCUGUUUUGCUUCAAUAGUAUGAUUUACGGUUAUUCCAAAUUUUAUGGGGUUGGAAAGGCUCUUAACAUGUUCAACCAAAUGCCAGAACGUGACAGUGUUUCUUGGAAUACAAUGAUUUCAAUCUUGUCUCGACGUGGAUUUGGUGUUCCAACUCUUACUAUGUUUGUUGAGAUGUGGACUCAAGGUUUUAGACCCAAUUCCAAGACAUAUGCUUGUGUGCUUAGUACAUGCGCAACCUUUUGUUAUCUGGAAUGGGGUACUCACUUGCAUGCUCGGAUUGUUCGAACAGAAAGUAUUAUUGAUGUUUAUGUGGGUAAUGGUUUGAUUGAUAUGUAUGCAAAAUGUGGAAAUUUAGAGUUUGCUAGGCGAGCAUUUAACAGUUUAACAGAGCAUAAUUCAGUUACAUGGACUUCUUUGAUUGGAGGAGUUGCACAGUGCGGGCUUGAAGGAGAAGCACUUGUACUAUUUAACCAAAUGAGAAAGGUUCCUGUUGCCUUGGAUGAGUUUACUCUUACCACAGUUCUUAAGGUUUGUUCAUUUCCAAACAAUAUUUCUGUUGGCAAACAACUUCAUGCACUUACAAUUAAGGCCGGAAUGGAUUCCUUUGUUUCUGUGGGGAACGCUCUUAUUAAAAUGUACUCAAAGUGUGGUGAUUGUCAGGAGGCAAAUUAUGCAUUUGAAAUGAUGUCAGUCAGCAAUAUAAUUUCCUGGACAUCUAUGAUCACUGCAUUCUCUCAAGUAGGUGAUGUUGAAAAAGCCCAGGCUUGUUUUGAUGAAAUGCUAGGGCGGAAUGUUAUAACUUGGAACUCCAUGAUAAGUAUGUAUCUUCAACAUGGAUUUUGGGAACGUGGUCUUAAAUUUUAUUUACAGAUGCAAAAGGAAUGCAUUAUACCAGAUGACGCCACUUUUGCAACUUUAAUCAGUGGUUGUGCUGAUUUAGCAAUGUUGAAGCUUGGAACCCAAAUCAUAGCUCAAGCUGAGAAAUUUGGGUUUGGUUCUGAUGUUUCUGUUGCAAAUAGCGUUAUAACCAUGUAUUCAAAAUGUGGACAAAUUGAAAAUGCACGGAAAGUUUUUGAUUCCAUAAGUAUGAAAGAUUUGGUAUCUUGGAAUUCAAUGAUGUCUGGGUAUGCUCAAAAUGGUCAAGGUAGGAUUGUGAUAGAGAUUUUCCAGAAUAUGUUAAAGAUGGGAUAUACGCCUGAUUCAAUAAGCUAUGUAUCUCUUUUAUCAGGUUGUAGCUAUUCAGGGCUAGUAACAGAAGGGAAGCACUACUUUGAGUCCAUGACUAAAGAUUAUGGCAUCCUUCCAGCGCAUGAACAUUUUGCAUGCAUGGUAGACCUACUUGGCCGGGCUGGGUUGCUAGAGCAGGCUAAAGAUUUGAUUGAUGAAAUGCCUUUUAAGCCUAAUGCUGAUGUUUGGGGAGCACUACUUGGUGCUUGCAAGAUACAUUGCAACCCAAAAUUAGCAGAAUUAGCAGUAAGGAACUUGCUUGAAUUGAAUGUAGAUAAAUCUGGAAGUUAUAUGCUUCUGGCACAUGUAUAUUCAGAAUGUGGCAAAUUAGAAGGUGUUGCAAAUGUGAGAAAACUGAUGAGAGAGAAAAGGAUCCAGAUGAAUCCCAGUUGUAGCUGGAUAGAAGUUAAUAACAGGGUGCAUAUAUUCACGGUGGAUGAGGCCAAUCACCCUCAGAUCAAUGACAUUUAUGCAAUUUUAGAUGACAUUCAUAAUAAGAUUGAAGAUACAAGAAGCUGCUGUGCAGUUAGUUCUACUGGUUCUUGAAGAAAUAAUAGCAAGAAACAUACUGUGGGUCAUCAGCGCGAUGAUUAACACUUGUUAAUCCGGUGGAUUCCCUUUUUUACAUCGAGGAAUACUAUACUUGGAGAUUUACAUGAACUAAAUUGGGCCCCUGAAAUAAUUUCCUGCAUCCGUUUCUGCUUGUAACCGUAUAGGGUUCCAAUGGCCAUGGCUUCUAACCGUUAAUCAGCUGCAGAUAGCUUCAAAAUUCAGUGGAAAACAAACGCAAGAACCUUCUAAACAGCUGCCCUCAAUAGCCACUUCAAGAAGAUGUGCGAUUUUGAUAUCUUCAUUGCCUUUUAGUCUUGUUUUGCUACCUCCAUUAUCAGAGGCCUGAGAGAGACGCAACAAGAAGGUCAUCCCUCUUGAAGACUAUCUCACCACUCCUGAUGGAUUGAAAUAUUAUGAUGUGGUCGAGGGAAAGGGUCCGGUAGCUGAGAAAGGAUCAACAGUUCAGGUGCACUUUGACUGCAUCUAUAGGGCUAUAACAGCUGUGUGAAGUCGAGAAUCUAAGCUUUUGGCUGGAAAUGGUAUAAUUGCUCAGGUCAUUGUGUCCCUUAAACCAUCAAAAUAUUAGCAUCUCUACGUGUGUUCUUAUAUGUUGAGAUAAGAAUUUACCUAAUCUCACCUCCUGUUAGGCUAAAUUCACUGUCAAUGGUCCAAGUGCUUCAUGGAGUCCAUAUUCUGUUCAGUCCAAUCAAAUGCCAUUUUCCCCACAUGUUAGCAUGAACUUUCAACUGAAUAAUGUAGAUACUGAUGCUCAUUUUCUCAUGCCUUAAUUAGCCAUAUGAAUUCAAAGUUGGAGCACCUCCAGGCAAAGAACGGAAGCAAGAAUUUGUUGACAAACCAAAUGGUCUAUUCUCUACACAGGCAGGCCCAAAACCUCCAGCUGCAAUGUACUCAGUAACAGAAGGCAUGAAAGUAGGAGGAAAGGUGAUAGUAUCUCUUCCUUUUUGUAAUUAUAAGCUCCAUUAACAGGUGCCUUUUCUUUUAGCUUCUGAAUUGUGUUAAAUCUCUGCAAUCAUGCUUCUGAAUUGUGUUAAAUCUCUGCAAUCAUUCUUAUGUCUUAACUAGCUUUUCUGGCGUCAUUUUUUCUUUCUAUGCUGAGGACCGUAAUCGUUCCCCCCGAGGCUGGCUAUGGCCAAAAGGGAAUGAAUGAAAUCCCACCAGGAAGUACAUUUGAGUUGAACAUUGAACUUUUGCAAGUACUGCCACCUGAAGAAAAGUGAGCUCAAUUUCGGUUACAUGAAGAAUCACAUGGUAUAUGAAAUUUGUUCUUCUGUUGUGGCAAGUGCAACAUAGUAUAACGAUUUUUUUGUUUGGAAAAGCUUUUCUUCUUCACCAGACGCAUAACUUGUCAAUCAGCGAAAGUCAUCUAUUGCCAGUUCUCCCACCCAUAGUUUUAUAGUCUUUGAGAUGCUCAUUCUGAUUGACUGAUUGUUGCAGCUUUGACAUUAUUGUAGCUUGUGGUUAAUUUUGAGAAAUGUAAUUACAUUCUGUGUUUUGGUUUUAUUCAUUAAACAAGUUCUGAUUUA